CGGCAGCAAGCACACCACGCAUUGCAUUACCACAAGAACGGCGCAAACAAGAGAAGCGCAGGACAAGUAGCCAGACAGAGAAUUUAGAAGCCGCACACACGCGACGACCAAGAGACAUACAGUCGAAAUGGGCCUGUGUGUGUCAUACGACGCGGCGGCCGACGGCCCGGCGACGGCGAGGGUGGUUCUCCCCAGCGGCGAGCUCCGGGAGUACUCGCCGCCCGCAACGGCAGCGCUCGCGCUGGAGGAGGUCGGCGAGAAGGGGUGGUUCCUGUGCGACGCCGACAGGAUGGGGUUCGAGGGCUCCCUCGCGGCGGUGGCCGCCGGCGAGGAGCUCCAGCCGGGGCAGAUCUACUUCGUCCUCCCGAGCGAGAUGCUGCGCCGCCGCCUCGCCCCCGAGGAGGUGGCCUCGCUUGCCGUCAAGGCCAGCGCCGCCCUCGUCAAGGCCGCCACCGUGUCAUCAGCCGGCGGCCGGCGCCGGCGAGGCUCCGUGGCGCCGCUCGUGUUCGCGCCGUCCGAGGAGGACUACUCGGCCGAGGAUGCCUUCACCCUGGCGACGUUCGCUGCGAAGCCGACGGUGGCGCAGAAGCGGAGGGUGGCUUACCGAGGCGGCAGGUCGCCGCCGAGGUUCUCGCCCGACCUAACCGCCAUCUCCGAGAGCGAGUAGAGGUGCAUGGCACACGAGACUGCCAAAAAAAAAAGGGCGCAUCGUUGCACAUAGCCCUGCCUCGCCUGGCCCCGACUAACGCGUGGGCCCGUCCGCUGAUGCUAGAUCGGACGGCGGGGACGCGGAGAUAGACGCGGCAAAUGCUUCUUUUUUUUUUGAGUGGACGCGCGCGGCAAAUGCUUGAUAGGAUGUGGAUGUGUGGAGUGUGGGGUGGCCGUGGUAGAAAUAGUCGCGUCUUCGGCGUUGUUAAUUUAAACGCCAGAAGCACAAGGAAAUGCACAUACAGAUAUGCUUGUCAAUGUAAUGUAAAUACAGCGCCCGCAAAAAAAAUGUAGAUACUGUAUAAAUGUUUUGGAGUACGUAUGCUCGGUUACUGGCCUGAACUUUAA